CGUAAAGCACUAGAGAAUAGCAUUAGCUCCUUUCGGGAAGCUGUCAACCUUGAAGAAUCAGCUGCGGACGCCCGCAUACUCCUCCCAUACUACGAGGCGAUCCCACUUUCCGUCGAGCUCUGGCCCGCCCUUGCCCGUCCCGAAACCCCUGAGCGCGCCAAAGUCGUCGUCAACAAGGCGCGCAAGACCGUUUCUAAGUCGCACGAGAUCUCAAUUACCACUGGACGCCUGCUCGAGCAAUCGGAGGUGAUGGGUAACCCCAGCAGGGCUUCAGAAACUAGAGACGAAGACCUCGAGCUGGUGGACGGGACCAUCAAAUUUGGUGUCCGGGCGGUGCUACUUACACGCGAGCAUCACUGCCACUGGGAGUCUCUCGCUCGAGGAUCAAGGUACGGCGCAGAAAGACACACUUGAUUCCAUGUCGAGUGUCCGACUGAUAUUUUCGACAUCUAUUGAACGAAAAUUCCCCUCGGACAGGAAG